AUGGCCCACCGCGGAAGUUGGCGAUCUCGGGGUAACACGAGCAAUCGAGGAGGAUCCAACAGCUUCAGAAAGCGCAAUGAGCCGGAAACACCCUGUGUGCACUUUCAGCGUGGCAGGUGCCACUACGGUGAGAAGUGCAAAUUCUCGCACGACGUGGCGAAGGCUGCCAACUUCAAGUUGAAUCCAGCCGCAUACCGUCCCACAGACGGUGAUCUGGACGCUCGGAAUCAAUACUUCGACUGGAAGAGACUUCUUAGAAACGGGAUAUCAGGGUCUGAAUAUUCUCGAAGUGAACAAGAGGAGGUCGUUCAAUUCUGGAACGGGGCUCUUGAAAUUCUUGAAAGCGACAGCAGAGAGAAUCACCAAUUCCUCGCCAAAGACCUUGUGGAUGACAAUUUUCAUGGAUAUCACUUUAUCCUGGCGACUGCGGAUGCAGACAAUCUAGAGGGACUAAGACCUAUUCCAGCUUACGAUGAGCCGUUUCUCAAAGUCAUUACCCAUGUUUCUCUCUUGAAUUGUCUUUCUAUCGAUUCAUUUGUUGGCACUCUGUACACAUCCUUCGGUGGCACGAAUGGAGAUCGAGCAAUCAGAUAUCUGAGAGGUGUCUGCAGGAAGCUGAUGAGUAAAGGUGAAGACACCAACGAAACUGCACCGGUUAUCUCCCUAGACAUGAUGAAAUUGCUGUUAAAUACCCUUUACCAGCUCUUAUCAAGGGUCCGACGCGCUCGAUUCCACGAUGAACUUCCCGCACUGCUCGACCUAGCGCGCGAACUGGGCUCCAAAAUGACCGAAAAAUGCUCGAAAGCCGACCUUGAUGGACUCGAAAGCAGAAUAGAAGUCAUGCAGAGCCUGAUCACUAGCGCGAACCGCAGUCUUGUUAGACCCAGGGCGCAUGAGGAGAAUUCCCAGAAGACUAGGUCAGUCCUGUCGUCCUUUCCAAUGGAUAUGCAAAUACCUGGCGGGAGACACGACAACGACCUCGCAGAAAUAUCACAAAUUCAGAUUCUUCCUAUCCAUGGAGAGAUUAUCAGCGGCAAUUCAGAAUAUCUACCCUCUACCAACUUCCUACAGCCGCACUUUCUCGCCGACCCUUUGCGAAGACAUAUUGACUCAACGUUCCGACUCCUGCGCCAUGAUAUCUUCGGCUCAGCCAAAGAUGUCCUUAGAGACCUGCUGCAGCAGAAUGAUUUGACACGAAGUCCUUACCUCUCAGGCAAGGAUAGCGGGGCACAUCUCUAUCUGGGAGCACAGGUCCAGCACAUAUUUAUCAAUGAGAGAAAUGAGCUCGAAGCGACUGUAUCUUUUUCUACUCCGCCACAACUCCGCAAAAAGACCUCCAAAGAGCAAUGCAGAUGGUGGCAAGACUCCAGCCGACUUGAGGAAGGAAGCCUAGUUUGCUUCUUGACGUCCCAAGGAACUCACAGAAGGCUUAUCUUCCUCGAGGUUACUGUGAAGAAUGCUUCCAAGGACCGAGCGCACCAGAACAAGAGUAGUCUUGCUUCUGAUAGAUUUCCACCUAGUAUUACGGUCAAGCUUGCGGCAUGCCUACAACAAGAACUGAUCUUCCUGGGCCAGCUUUACAGCGAGAAGCUCACCGGUAUUCUGGUCGAAUUCCAUGGUCUGAUCCCUGCCACGUUUGUCCCUAUCCUGGAAAACCUUCAGCGGAUCCAAGGCGAAGGAGAUUUGGCAUUCCGAAAAUGGGUCUUGCCAGGCCGCAAGGGCGAUGAAGAUGGUCACAGCAUACCCCCACCGGCAUACGCGCGCAAACCAGGAUUUAUCUUUCCCCUGACUUCGAUCACAAACCUUACGGCUGAUAAUGUUUCAUUGGACCCGAGUACCCCUGAGUCCAUUGACAUCUUGAAGCUGCAAACUCAAACUGGUCUCGAUUAUGGCCAGUGUCAGGGACUUAUCGCAGCUCUCACACGAGAGUAUGCCCUCAUCCAAGGCCCACCGGGCACCGGAAAGUCCUAUUUGGGUGUUAAGGUUGUUCAAGCUCUGCUUGAGAUCAAGGAAAAGGCAAAGCUAAACCCGAUUAUUGUGAUCUGUUAUACCAACCAUGCCUUGGACCAAUUCUUAAAGCAUCUUCUUGAUGUAGGUAUCCAGAAAAUCAUACGCAUUGGCGGCCGCAGUCAAGCCACCGAGCUUGAAGGCAAGAACCUUCGCGUUGUCAGUAAAGACGUUGGGAAGACGAGGGUAGAGUCGAAAACCCUCGGCAUGUCCUACGGGGGACUUGAAGACUGUAUGAAAAAUGCUGGAUAUGCAAUGAAGCCUCUACACCAGUCUCGGAAAGGCCUGUCUUGGGCCGCUAUGGGGCAUUUCGUGCGGCGUAAAUGGCCCAUUAUACAUGAACAGCUGGAGCGACCAGACCCAGAAGGAUUCACAACUGUCACUAAUGAUAGAUUGCUUAACUGGCUUGGAGCCAAAUCGAUGAGAAUCCAGAAAGACCAGAACGAGAGUGAAGUUGACGGUGUGCGCUUGGAACGCCUCACACGCGCUGCUAAGGAGAAUAUUCAUAGUCUCUCGAUACCGGAACGCCGGAUCCUUGCAAUGAGCUGGUUCAAACAGUGGCAGGAAAGCGAAACCGCCUCGCUUUUCGAGGCUCUUGAUCGCGCUGCAAAUCUUCGCGAGGACAUUAAUGCAGUCCAUGAAGAGGUCAAUCGCCGAGCCCUAAUUCAAGCAGAUGUGAUAGGAAUAACGACAACAUCCCUUGCACGCCAUAUCAAGACACUGCGCUGCAUAGGAACAAAGGUCAUUAUAUGCGAGGAAGCAGCUGAGGUGAUGGAAGCCCACGUCAUCUCAGCCCUCAUGCCAGGUGUUGAGCACUUCAUUCAGAUUGGAGAUCAUCGACAGCUGCGACCACAGAUCCAGAAUCAUUCACUCAGUCUUGAAACAUCCACAGGAAAGGCGUGGCAGCUAGACAGAAGCCAGUUUGAGAGACGCGCUGUCGGUGAGCCAGGUCUCAAGCCUGCCCCUAUUGCACAGCUUAAUGUGCAGCGAAGAAUGAGACCUGAGAUCUCGCAACUUAUCAGGAGUGUCUAUCCCAAACUCGAGGAUCAUGGAAGCGUGACAACUCUACCCAAUGUCGUUGGAAUGCGGAACAACCUCUUUUGGUUGGACCAUCGAUGCGAUGAAGACUCGAGAGAUGACGGCAGCCGUGUGAAGUCCCAUAGCAACCAGUGGGAGGUCGAUAUGGCUACUGCUCUUGUUCGGCAUCUUGUUCGGCAGGGAGAGUACAAGAGCACGGAUAUUGCCCUCUUGACCCCCUAUACCGGGCAGUUGCGGAAGCUCAGGACAUCGCUCGGCAAUGAUUUCGAGAUUUGUCUUAGCGAGCGAGACCUAGAAACCUUGGCCGCGGAUGGGUUUGAGAAGCUUGAAGAUGAGAAUCACGAGUCAAAUAGUCGCCAGGCAAUCGAGAAGAAGACGUUGCUCCAGACGCUCCGCCUUGCCACCGUCGACAACUUUCAAGGCGAGGAGGCAAAGGUGAUCGUGGUCUCCCUAGUUCGCAGCAACCCAAAGCGCAAGGUUGGCUUCCUACGCACCGAAAACCGCAUCAACGUGCUCCUCAGCCGAGCUCAGCACGGCAUGUAUCUCAUUGGAAAUGCCGAAACCUACCUUAAUGUGCCAAUGUGGGCCGAUGUCCACUCUCAGCUCUCCCGUGCGAAUGCAGUCGGCACCGAGUUGGCUCUCUGUUGUCCUCGCCACUCAGACACGCCUAUUCUAUGUUCCGAACCUCACGACUUUGAAAGGAAGAGCCCUGAGGGUGGGUGCAGUCUCCCGUGUACCCGUCGACUCCAGCCAUGUGGCCAUCAAUGCCAGGCCAAGUGCCAUUCGGCGGUCAUGCACGACGGCUUUGCAUGUGGAAAGCCAUGCGCACGUAUCCGAUCAACCUGUGAUCACGAGUGUCCCAAGCUUUGUGGUGAAGAUUGUGGCCCUUGCAUGACGAAGAUUCAAGACGUGGAGCUUCCUUGUGGUCAUAUCAAGCAGGCUGUCUUUUGCCAUCAGAUGCCUAACUUGAAAGACCUUAAGUGCGACGUUAAGGUCGAGAAGACUGUUUCUAAGUGUGGCCAUAAAAUUCAGGUUGGCUGUUUCAAGGAUGUCACGUCCCCGAUCUUCCGUUGCCCUGAGCCAUGCACCGAUAUUCUCAGCUGUGGCCACAACUGCAGUGGUUGCUGCGCAAACUGUCUCGAGGAAGUCCAUGGCGGAAGAAAAAUAUUUAAGCACCCGAAGUGCACGAAAAAGUGUGACCGUCCACACAGUGUUUGCAACCAUAGGUGUCCCAAGAAAUGUCACAAUGGGGAAAGCUGCGGUUACUGCGAGGCAAAGUGCGAGGUCCGAUGCCCACACUCAGCAUGCGACUUAACCUGCGGAAAGGCAUGUGCACCAUGCAUCGAGAAAUGCACCUGGUCUUGCAUCCACCAAGGUUCCUGCUCAAUGCCUUGCGCGGCACCAUGCAACCGACUUCCUUGCGAUAAGCGAUGCCCCAAGAUUCUCGAAUGCGGCCAUCAGUGUCCGAGCCUCUGCGGGGAAGAUUGUCCAAACAAUCUGUGUCAAAAGUGCGGCGACAAGAGAGAUGCUCGUGUUGACUUCCUCGAAUGGAAAAACUAUUCCGAAAUCAAUCUUGAUGAAACUCCAAUUAUCGUGCUUGGAUGCGGCCAUUUCUUUACAAGUGAAUCGGUUGAUGGAUUGGUUGGCCUGGAUGAAGUAUACACGAGGGAUAAAGAUGGCAAAUUCGAAGGCCUCCGAGAUGUCUCUUCUUCUCUUGCCAGUGCCAUACCCUCGUGCCCGGACUGUAAACAACCCAUUCGCCAGUUUGUGACGAAACGUUACAAUCGUGUUGUCAACCGUGCUGUCAUGGAUGAGACUUGUAAGAGGUUCCUUACCAAGGGUCGCACCGACCUUGAAGGCCUUGAAUCGCGUUUGAAUGACAUUGAAGACAAGCUCAACUCUAAGAAAACGUUGUUGCUCGCUGAGGACGCUAAAUUACAGCUUAAAGCACGAUACGCGGCCUGUGUGCGCCUUGGGACAGAGGCUUCAACUCUCAGCAAAACCAUGGAGGCCGAGAAUCAGCCGAUGAAACGGCUCAUGGAUGCAAUUACCAUCUACCAGAAGCCACCAAGGGACGAAAUAGCCUCCCUCUCAGUCCGAAUGGAGGCGAUAAAUCUAGGAACACGAGAACCCGACAACCAAAUCACUCUCGGCGCACGGCUAAUCCACAUCAAAGCCCGAGAAGUCGCGUUUAGCCACAUCUUUAAAGUGAUAGAUUCAAGCAAAAAUCCUGCAAAACCAUGGCUAAAUUUCACCGAGCUAUCAUCAAUCUUGACUCAAGUGUUGAAGGAUUGCCGAGACUUGAUAACUCAGGCGAAUGAAGGAAGUCUCUACCGCAUCGUCAUCACGGCAACCAUCUCAUUUGCCAAGAUCGCCCAGUUGGACGCAUGGUAUCGCCGCACUAAUCCAGGAGAUACAACAUUGGAUCUACAUAUCAAAGAAAGCUACACCUGUCUAGAAAAGCUUGAAGACCGCACUGAAACCACCCGCGAUCUCCUCACCGCCGCGUUAAAACUAUGCGAUAGACUGGGGAACUGCCCCGAACUCCAAGAACAGGUCCAGGAGAUGGUCCGCCUCUACGAGGGACCGCGGUACGAGACAGUGACUUUAGAAGAGCUUCGAUCAAUCAAGACGGCCAUGGUCAGCGGGCGAGGAGGAAUCGCGACUCACUCUGGGCACUGGUACAAUUGCGUCAAUGGACACCCGUUUGCUAUUGGAGGGUGCGGUAUGCCGAUGGAGCAAGCUAGAUGUCCUGAGUGCGGAGCACCUAUUGGAGGUCAAAAUCACACGGCUGUUGAGGGCGUAUCUCGAGCGCGGGAGAUGGAGUAG